GGUUGGUUUAGGCACUUUGGGCUUGGUCGGAAAAUCGGCGUUUGGUCACUUGGUUCCUUAUAAAUUGUUGUUAAAGUCAGAGGAAACUUGAUUCAAACGGAACAUGAUAAUGAUUAAAUAAUUCUAAAUAAUUGGUUUUAAGCGAAAAAAUAAAUAUGACUUUGUGUAAUCUUAUAGUUACUUUACUACUAUUACUAUCAGUGGGAAUUGCAUUUACAUCAGCAGAAUGUACGAUACCUGUUGUUUUGCGGAAUACAUGGUUUUCAUAUGAAAAUGGCAAGCAAACAAUUACUGACAUAAACGCAAGUGAAAUGGUCGGAAGGGGUACAUGUGUGGACAUCAAAGCAGAUUACCAUGUGAACUACACAAUGAUCUUUCAAUACACAAACUGUUAUUACUGUGUUAAGCUGAUUGUGAGAACUGUGAAUGUGUUAGAGAAGAUUGAGACUCCGUGUAUAAGCUUGCAACCAGGAGAGGAGCCAACCUUUGAUAAAAUCUGCAGGGGGCUUAACUCAAACCAAAACCUUUUUACUUUGUUUUCAGAAAACUAUGUACCUGUCAAUUGUCGGUCAUCCCUGGAAGGUGUUUGGCAGUUUGCUUAUCAGAACAGAUUCCGAUUUACUGGAGAAUGUAAUCACCCAGAUGCUCAGAUCAGGUCGUGUCAGACUGCCGGAACACAGUUCUUGAUCACCAAUCAGAAGUUCAACAUUACAUACAGAGCAUGCCCAGGAAUGUCAGGGACUUUCAAUGGUAUUGUGGAAUACAGUUGUUUAGGUCAUUGGUUUGUCGGCAAAAAUCAGUUCUUUGCAGUAGCAAAUACGAAAGAAUCGCGUAAGGAUGAGAAAUAUCGGUGUUUCCUAAAGAACAGAGAUGACGACCUGUACAUUGGUGCAUCAAUUACGGCUGAAUGUAAAUCUUUGAAGACGGUAGAGAAGUCUCCAGAGAGAUAUAGGGUUACUCCUGUGAAAGCCGAAGUCGUAGAGCCUGGCUGUCGCCUGCCACAGAACUUUUCAGGAAACUGGAUCAACACGGCCAACAUUGAUGCAGACGUCGUCAUUAAUGAAACUCAUAUUAUCGAAACAUACUACCCGGACGAGGGGAGAUAUAGACGAACUAUUUACGUUUGCAGGGAGCAACGAGAUAGCAGGGUGAUGAUGGCGCGCCUUACGGUCGAUGGUUGCCAGAAGGAUUACGUCUGCUUUGAUUUUGUGCCACAACAUCAUAAUGUUAUCAGAUUCCGCAAAGGUUUAGCUAUGAUCCAGAGUAAUUUCCAUACAGUGUGCUCAUGGGUACAAUUCCCGAAUAAAGGAAAAUGGCGGUACGAUAUAUUCCUCAAAAAAGACCCAUCUCCUAUACGUUGUCCAGUUGCCGGUAAAUUCAACUUUACCCAAAGAGGAGACGUGAGAUUUGAGACUAGAAUCCUUGGAGGCGUCACUUUAAGCCCUCGACCAAAUUUGUACUGUAAAUUAAAUAUAAGCGAUUUAUCAGUAUGUGAUACCGACCAGAAAACUAUACAGAUAAAAGAGAAUUAUUGUCUUUCUGUUGACUACUUGGGGAGACCGGUAGAUAUAUACAGUGACCCCGAUUACAAGAUGAAGUGUAUUGGUUAUUGGAAGGAGAAUCUGAAGUCCUAUCUCAUUACUUAUGACGAGUUGGAUCCAUUCUCGAAGUACCGCUGCUGGGUGUACCAAAGAGCUGAUCUGAACAGGGUUUUAAUGUCACAAGCUCUUGGUCCAUACUGCGAUUUGAAGCAAGACGUGACCUCUUGGAAUUACACUGAGGGUGCUGCGGUCGCGAUAGAGAUGGAAGAAUACGAGAGAGAAAGAGACCGCUGUCCGAUGCACUUCGACGAUGGCAGCGACCCGUGGUCCACUAAAGAAAACUACGUGAAGAUAUUCAAAUUCAGCUAUUCGUUUUGGAGAAGCAACGACGCUUCCAUAUUUGAAAUUAGCAUAGCCACUUUAUUACUGACAGCUUUUAUAAAUUUGAUACAAUAAUAAAGAAUAGACUGAUGUAGACUAGGCAGGCCAUGUAUCAAAUACUUGUGUAGAAUUUGUAGGAAUCUAGGAAUGAAGAUUUGUCAAAAUUAAGAAAGAUCUCCUCAAAGGACUUUGUUAGUCCAUGACCAUCAACAGUGUUUUUAUAGUCACUGAAAUUUUUAAAUGACUUCAUAAUUAAUUUAAUAUUUUGACAUACUACAUAUGUACAUAUCUGCGCUUACUUGGUUCAUGAAUUUUCACAUUAUUCCCUUUUUUGUUUUGAAAUUACUUCCACAAACAGUAAUUAAAUGAAUUAAAAAGAAUUUUUAGUUAAAAUUGAUCACCUUAUAUCACUUAAUAGUUUAUUUAGCUAUUGAGAGUGCCUUUUUAUAUUGUUCUUAAGAGUAAGAGAUAUUUGUAGUAUGUAUUUUAUUAGAUCCCAGCACCAAUAAAAAAAUAAAAUAGGACCACUACAUGAGAUGUAGUGGUCCUAUUCUAUUUUCAUUCAUAUUCUAUUCCCAUGGAUGUCGCAAAGGCGACUAAAGGAUGAUUUGGGAUUCUUCUUUUAGGCGAUGGGCUAGCAACCGGUCACUAUAUGAAUCUCAAUUUUAUCAUAAAGCCAAACAGCUGAAUGUGGCCUUUCAGUCCUUUCAAGAUUGUUGGCUAUCUACACCACUAGGGAUAUAGACGUAAUUAGAUGUGUGUUUUUAUAAGUCAAAAUUUACCACAAAAACAUUUUACACCUAAGAUGUAACAUAAUUAUAAGAUUUACUUAGUGCCUUAAUUAGUCCUUGAAUAGAAGUAAUAUUAGCGCGUAUUGGUCUUUAUUUGUAUUUGACAAAGUUUAGGCCUGUCAGUUUCAUUAUAAACUUUGUGCUUUUGUAAAUUUGUUCUUACCUGGAUUGCAAUAUUUUUAUAAAAUUAUAAACUAAAAAGAAUCACAAUACAUGAAAUCUCGUCUGGCGUGUAAUUUCAUGACUGCAAUAUUUUAACUUUAAGUUUAAUUUACACGUGAAUCUCAUAUAUAUUACCAUAGUAUAUUUGAUAAAUUUUAAGAUUAUUUUUAUACACAAGAAAUCAAAUAUUUUGCGUUAUUUUCUUAACAUUCGUGUACAUUCAUUUUAUAACAUUAAUGUCGUGUUAACUUUGUAGGUAGCAAGUACUCAUUUUAUUAACCACCAUCAAGAAAAAAAAAAUGGUUCUCAGUUUACAUGUAUGUUUGUCCGCUAAACCGUUUUUUGUCGAAAUCAGGAAAGUGUAUAUAUAACAGACUUCAAAAAACGAGGAUAUCUUUAACACUUUUUUAUUCCAGUGAGUCCUCAAAGAUUUCAUCUUUUCUUUGUUCUGUAUGCAUGUUCAAGACAUUUCUUGUGUUAUUUUUAUAUUUCUUAUUUUUUUGUGCUAACAGAAAAUGUGUCCGUCCAUUUUUUAUAUCUUUCUUUUUAAAAUAAAUAUCUAUAUAAGUGACAAUUUUUGUUUAAU